UCACUGAUCCACACACGAUAAGUAGAGCUCUUCCGUGCGCACUGAACUCUCAUAACCCUUAGCGUUACUCAUUUUUUCACCUAACCUUCCCUUGGUCACCAGUUUCACCUUGUGCUCUGCAUCUGCAACUAACACUCCAAAUCAGAACCAUGGGAUUCCAGAAGAUCAAGGUCGCCAACCCUAUCGUUGAGAUGGACGGAGAUGAAAUGACUCGAGUUAUCUGGAAGUAUAUCAAGGAUAAGCUCAUUUUGCCCUUUUUGGAGUUGGAUAUCAAGUAUUUUGACUUGGGCCUUCCUUACCGUGAUGAGACUGAUGAUAAAGUUACAGUUGAAAGUGCAGAAGCAACUCUCAAGUAUAAUGUAGCAAUCAAGUGUGCAACUAUCACUCCUGAUGAAGCUCGUGUGGAGGAGUUUGGCCUCAAGCAAAUGUGGAAGAGUCCAAAUGGGACAAUUAGGAACAUUUUGAAUGGAACUGUCUUCAGAGAACCAAUUCUUUGCAAAAACGUUCCUCGCCUUGUUCCUGGUUGGACAAAGGCUAUAUGUAUUGGAAGACAUGCUUUUGGUGAUCAAUACCGGGCCACUGACUCAGUAAUUAAAGGAGCUGGAAAACUGAAGCUGGUGUUUGUUCCAGAAGGCCAAGGUGAGAAGACUGAAUUGGAGGUUUAUAACUUUACUGGUCAAGGAGGUGUUACAUUGGCUAUGUACAACACUGAUGAGUCUAUUCGUUCUUUUGCUGAGGCUUCUAUGUCAACUGCUUAUGAGAAAAAAUGGCCACUUUAUCUUAGCACCAAAAACACAAUUCUUAAGAAAUAUGAUGGAAGAUUCAAGGACAUAUUUCAAGAAGUUUAUGAGGCAAGCUGGAAAUCAAAGUAUGAAGCUGCUGGUAUAUGGUAUGAGCAUCGGCUCAUUGAUGAUAUGGUGGCUUAUGCACUCAAGAGUGAAGGAGGUUAUGUAUGGGCAUGCAAAAACUAUGAUGGAGAUGUCCAGAGUGACUUCUUAGCUCAAGGUUUUGGAUCAUUGGGUUUGAUGACAUCUGUAUUGGUUUGCCCUGAUGGAAAGACUAUAGAAGCAGAAGCAGCCCAUGGCACAGUUACCCGUCAUUUUAGGGUUCAUCAGAAGGGAGGGGAAACCAGCACAAACAGCAUAGCAUCCAUCUUUGCUUGGACAAGAGGGCUAGCCCACAGGGCAAAACUGGAUGACAAUGCUAAACUCUUGGAUUUCACUGAAAAGCUAGAGGCAGCUUGCAUUGGAACAGUAGAGUCUGGGAAGAUGACCAAGGAUUUGGCACUUAUUAUUCAUGGAUCCAAGCUUUCAAGGGCGCAAUAUUUGAACACAGAGGAAUUCAUCGAUGCUGUGGCAGACGAGCUUAGAGCAAAAAUUUCUGCAUAGGCUUGAUUUUAGACAGGCAUGGAAAGACAACACUGAAAAAGGAUCUAUGCGCUCUUCAGAAGAAAUAAGAAAGGGGCAAGAAGCAUUUGUCGUUGGCCCUUUUUCCUUCUAUUGUGUUUUGGGUGGGAACGCAAGGGUUGGCUGCUUCCCCAUAUUGUUCGAACUGAUUUGUCUUUUGUAAUUUGAAAUUAAUCCCUUUAGAAGUUCAGAUGGAUUUUGCUACCUUUCUGCUGAUUAUGGUUUGCAUGUUUGCCAGCUAAGUA